CGUCUUCAGCAUUCUGCUAGCAUCCUACCACACUACCAGAAUCUCACCAUGAUGACAAAAACAACCCUAAUUCUGUUGGCGGUGGUGUCAUCCGCAUUAUGUCAAGGCAACAGGGACUGGCACAUAGGAGCCGACCGUGUCAACCCCAGUGGCACAGUAGUCCACGGCCACGCCAACAUACCUCUACACCGCGGCAACGACGGUCGUCUGGACGCCAACGUACACGGGUCUCGAGUGUUUGGAGGUCCUUACAACAGAGCUCAGACUGUAGGCGGAGGUCUGCAAUAUCAACACAACAACGGUCUGCACGGCGGUGUGGACGCCACCAACAGACGUGGUGUGGGCACCAGCUACAGCGCUACUGUCGGCGGCCACACCAGACUAGGUCCGGGCACUCUGUCUGUGGACGGUGGAGCUGCUAGACAUCCGGGAUCUUCUAGAGUACAGGGACAGGUCGGCGCCACCUACAACAUACCUUUCUAAACACCCAGAGUUGUUAUAAUGUACAUAUAUAUGUAAAUAAAUAUUAACUUAUUAUUGUA